UAUUGUCCAGUAUUUUAUAUUAUAUAAAUAAUUCGUUUUUUAAUCUAUCAUUAUAUUAAUUAAUAUUGGCCAUGGAUAAUACAAACUGGUUGAUCUUUAUAUUUUGAGUGUUAACAUUGACAAACUGAACAAAUACACAUUUUAAAAUAAAUGGAUCACUCCUUUUCUAUAGAUACAUGUCUUUACAGUAAGGAUGAUUUCCAAACAGUUGAACAAACGAGUUCUAUAGAGUCUUUUAUACGUUACGGAACCGAAGGCUCGAUAAAUAAACAGAUCGAGCAGGAACUUGGAACAGUAAAUAAUGAAGAACCUAAAAAUGACAACAAAAAUGAACCAAAGACCACCAUACUUAAGAAAUGUGUGGACAAUUUGUCCAAAAUUAUGGUCUCCGAAAAGAUGUUCUUCUUCAGAGAAUUCUUCCAGUUAAAGGACACCUUUGAAUAUUCAGUACACAGCAGUAUAGAUUCAUUUCACCAAGAUUUAUCCAAAGUUUUAGAUGAAAGUGGCAGAUCACAAACCGGUAAGGACACUUUUUACACCAAUGAGUGCCCGAAUGUUGAGAGAAAUAUCCAUAAAAAUUGUUCUAUUCAUCGAGUAUCUGAGACUUGUAGUAUUAGAGAAUCUAUAAGUGAAUCUGAAAGAGAAUAUGACCUUGAUCCAGAGACACUAGAAAAAGCUUUAUUAGUAUUUGUUGACUACAGUCACAAGUUGGCAGUAAAGUCAAUUGAGGAUAAUAGACAUCUGUUGGCUGAGAAACUUAUUUGUAACAUUUUUAGGAAGUUGAAACAGGUUUAUGAAGGGGAUUAUGGUCACAACUAUACCAAUUCACUGGAUUCAACAGGUCGUCACCCUCUUUUUAAUUUAAGUUUUAAUCUCCCCUCUGGGACUCCAAACAGUAUAAAAAUGAAGCUCGAAGAGAUGUCAAAGGACCCUUUGUAUGUCAAAAGCUUGGCUGAGAGGAUAUUCAUAUUUGAUAUUAUGAACAAGUUCAAAAUGUUCGACUUGACAGAGUUAUGCUUUAAGUUCAAACAACCACUAAUCCGGGAAUUAUGGAACUUAUCGGUACAUUCAGUGGUUUCAAAAAGUGAUCACAAACUAGAAAGGUUAUUUCAAUGCAGAAACAGUAUUUUCACCACAGAAAGGAGGGAUAAGUUCUUUUACAAUAAAAAUAUACCGCCCAAGGUGGAGUCCUUUACCAACACUAAUCUCUAUCCUCAACUAUCUGUUAAUGAAGAUUAUGAAACCAAACACUCUAAUCUUCAAAAGUUAUCAGAUUUGAACAGUGAAGUUAUGAGUCAAUACUCUAACUCUCCGAGGUUAGGCUCUGAUAGUUCCAGAUCAUAUAAGGACUUCGGUUCAUCUAGGGAUAAGUGGCCUGAGGACCUUUUUAUGGGUUCCUACGAGACUUUAAACUAUAUUCUUAAGACCAACGGUCUUUUUAACUAUAACAGAAUUGAUCUUCUCAAGGGUCAUUUUAAUCUUAAGAGGACUGAGGGUUCUGAUUUCUGGGUGAAGGAGAACAAUAAUCGUCUGGAAACUUUUUACUUUUUGGAGAAAAACUGCGUUUCAAUAAAGGUCAGGGGCAAAUUGCCCUGUGACAUAAUAACUGCUUUAACCAUAAUUUCACAGACUGAGUUAGGUCCUGAGUGGGUUUCAUUUUUAAAGGAAAGUCAAGAUCUACACAGCUUUUCCAAAACAAGUCGUAUUUCUAGACAGAAAUAUGAAUACCCUGUUGUUGGACAUAAAGAGUCUCUUGUUUAUGCCUUGUCAACAAAUCUGCUUGAUGAAGCCAACUGUGUUAUAAUUUCCUGUUGUAACCCUCCCUCCAACAAGAAAGAGUAUGAAACUGUGGUUAAGGCCAUGAAGAAGGGUGGCCUUGAGGAUUCAAGCAGCUUUAUUAGCCUGGAUAACAAGAACAACUGUUCCAUAUCUGGCUACAACAUAACCGGCAAUGUGCCAAAAAGGAAGAAUCAAAAGUCAGGCGAUAUUUGUUUCCUUCUCUUCCCCUUCGGUGAGAACGAGACCCUAAUGGAGGUUUAUGGGAAUGUAACUCAGGAGGUUAAACUUGUUCCUAUGAAGUUUGUAACUUUCCUCAUUAAGAAGAUUAUGCUUGGGAUGAUAAGGAAGCUUGCGAACAUCUCUAAGAACUUCUCCGAAAGCAAGUUUGCGGAGCUAGUAUCCAACAAGUCUGAGUUCUAUAACUGGAUGGUUAAGAUUUACCAGGAUCACAAGGUUAGUAACCCUCAAUUGCCUACCUUCGACCAUGAUACGUACGUUUACACCUAUGACCCUAUCGCAAAGAAUUAA